AUGGGCAAUUCGUUCGCAUUGCCCCUAACGAGGUCAGCGUUUGUCACCCAGAUGGAUCCACACUACUGCUUCGCGCCAAUUUACAUAAGGUCAGUUCUGAUCGGUGACUGGUAUAGCGUCACGGCAGUACCCGAUUAUCGAUUUCAAAACCCCAUGUCAACUACAAGUCCCAAGAAGAAGAAAGCUCUUUCGAAGCACUUCGCACCAGGCUAUGCUUUGUCCCAAGUCCUCAAACGAGAACCAGAGGUCGAUGAGAAUAUUGAGCAUCUACUUCGCUGGGUAGAAAAGUACGCCGAAGACCGGAUGCCGAUGGAUCUGGACAGAUUUAUAACAUAUACGACGUUUGAUAACAUAGGCUCCGCCUUGUUCUCUGAGCCGUUUGGAUUUAUUAGGGCUGGUCGCGACAUCGACGGCACAUUAAGGAACAACGUGGCAUUGAGUAGAUUUGCAGCGGUAGCGGGCUUUUUUAUAGGCCCUUUGCGUAUCCUUAUCAAUCCUCUUAACAGUUGGUUGCUGCUUCUACCUAUGGGGCGCCUCUACAGAACAACGUCAGUCGCCAUCAAGAAGCGUCUGCACAACCAUGAAGCACAUAAUGACAUGGUCGCACAUUGGUUGGGCGCUCAACAGAAGUCUGGCGAGCUCAGCCUUCGGAAAAUCGAAGCACAGGCCAACGUCAACGUGGGAGCAGGGGCAGAACCUGUUUCAUCCGCAAUACAGAGUCUUUUGUAUCACCUAAUUCAGCAUCCCGAAGACUGGCUUAGGGUUCGUAACGAGAUUCACGCCGCGAAAGCUGAAGGCUCGUGCCAUGGUCGCGUUGUUUCGUUUCAUGAUGCCGACAAUUUAACAUACUUACGGGCCUGCAUCAAGGAGGCAUUGCGUGUGUUCAGCCCCACGACCAUGGGACUACCUCGCGUAGUAGCAAAAGGAGGAAUCAACAUCGCAGGUCGACAUUUUCAGCAAGGCACAAUCCUAAGCGUAUCUUCAAAUGUGGUGCACUCAUCAAAAGAUAUUUGGGGAGAUGAUGCCGAUCAAUGGAAUCCAGAACGUUGGCUGUCGGGAGACACGAAGAAGCUGGACAGGAACUGGAUAGUGUUUUCCGCUGGAUAUAUGACAUGCCCUGGCCGUCAUUUUGCCUGGAUGCAAAUCUGCAAAAUGGCGGCUACGCUGUUGCGUAACUAUAAUAUUAGCCAAGUCGACCCCAAGAACCAGUGGCGAUACCAAGCCAAUUUCACGGCUCUGACUUACUCGUGGCCUGUCUGGGUUGAGAAACGGGAGGACGAAGUGGGUGUGCAUCCUGACAUUGAGACUCUCCCUACACAUAGAGAUCAGUUCUAG